GGCAACUCCUGAGCUUUUGAAACCAAGUUUUUCGAGACCGUUUUUUCUAUCUUUCUUUUUUCCCCUAAGCAACGGCAUCGUUUGCGAGCCGUUUUGCACCGCGAGCGACUUCCCUGUGUGACUCCUUCCCGCUGGUCUCGAAUUGGGUAUCAGCAAACCCAAACGAGCAAGGCAACUGACCCGACUAUUUCGCGUCCAGUUUAUUAACUGCCAAGACCGCUUCUCUUUAUUCGACCGACCAACGUCAACAAAAAGGCGUCAUAGAUCCAUCCGUCAUCCAACGAUUGAUCCCGACAUUACUAGAUAUCCAGAGAAUCAGUGUCGGAUUACUCUUGUCUCCUGGGCAUUCUUCUACUCGGGCGAUUGCCGUAAACCAUGGCAUACCACGGCAGGGGGGAUGGCUUUGAGGGCCAUCCCAUGCAGGAUUUGAACGCGCACCACGGUCAGCACGACCAAGAUGAGGCAGGAGCCGCGCUUCUCAACCAGAAUCAGGUUUACGACCAAGAUCGCCUGGGUGCUCACACUCCCCCAGUUCGGCCCGUUUCAGCAUACAGCUUGACCGAGUCGUAUGCUCCGGGAGCCGGCACAACACGGGCGGGCAUCGGCGUCAACCCAACCCCGCCUCCUCUCGGAGGCAACGAAUAUGCCGGUGCCCCAGGCUACUAUCGGCCCGAGUUCGCGGCGGAUCCGGCCUAUCGGAUGUCCUCGGUUGACGCCGACGAGAGUUGGAUCCGGCGGCAGAACCCGAACGCCGCCCCGGCUGGCGGUCUAAAGCGCUACGCUACCAGGAAGGUCAAGCUCGUUCAGGGCUCCGUCCUGAGCAUCGACUACCCCGUUCCCAGCGCCAUCAGAAAUGCUGUGCAGCCGCGGUAUCGUGACGAGGAAGGCAACAAUGAGGAGUUCCUCAAGAUGCGAUACACGGCAGCUACUUGCGAUCCCAACGACUUCACACUCAAAAACGGCUACGACUUACGGCCCCGCAUGUAUAACAGACAUACGGAGUUACUGAUUGCCAUCACCUACUACAACGAAGACAAGGUUCUGUUGUCGAGAACGUUGCACGGUGUCAUGCAGAACAUCAGGGAUAUCGUGAACCUGAAGAAGUCGUCCUUCUGGAAUCGGGGCGGCCCGGCCUGGCAAAAGAUUGUCGUCUGCCUCGUUUUCGACGGUAUUGAAAAGGCGGACAAGAACGUGCUCGACGUGCUAGCCACCAUCGGUGUGUACCAGGAUGGUGUCGUCAAGAAAGAUGUCGACGGAAAUGAGACUGUUGCUCACAUAUUCGAGUACACGACCCAGUUGUCAGUAACGCCAAAUCAGCAGCUCAUCCGCCCCGUGGACGACAGCCCGCAGACGCUGCCUCCGGUACAAUUCAUUUUCUGCCUCAAGCAGAAGAACAGCAAGAAGAUCAAUUCGCAUCGCUGGCUGUUCAAUGCCUUCGGCCGCAUCUUGAACCCCGAGGUGUGCAUUUUGCUCGAUGCAGGCACGAAGCCCAGUCCCAAGUCGCUGCUCGCCCUCUGGGAAGGUUUUUACAACGACAAGGACCUUGGCGGUGCCUGUGGUGAAAUCCACGCAAUGUUGGGCAAGGGCGGAAAGAAGUUGCUUAACCCUCUGGUCGCCGUGCAGAAUUUCGAGUACAAGAUCUCCAACAUUCUGGACAAGCCGUUGGAGAGCGCAUUCGGGUACGUUAGCGUCUUGCCUGGUGCCUUCUCGGCGUACCGUUUCAGGGCCAUUAUGGGUCGGCCUCUGGAGCAGUACUUCCACGGCGACCACACCCUGUCCAAAAUUCUGGGCAAGAAGGGUAUCGAGGGUAUGAACAUCUUCAAGAAGAACAUGUUCUUGGCCGAGGAUCGUAUUCUCUGCUUUGAACUUGUCGCGAAGGCAGGCCAGAAGUGGCAUCUGAGCUACAUCAAGGCGGCCAAGGGCGAGACGGAUGUGCCCGAAGGCGCCCCCGAGUUUAUCAGCCAGCGUCGUCGAUGGCUGAACGGUUCAUUCGCAGCCAGUUUGUACUCGCUCAUGCACUUCGGGCGCAUGUACAAGAGCGGUCACAACAUCCUGCGGAUGUUCUUUUUCCACAUCCAACUCAUCUACAACGUCCUAAACGUUAUCUUCACCUGGUUCUCUCUGGCUUCGUAUUGGCUCACAACAAGUGUCAUUAUGGACCUCGUCGGCACACCGGUGCCCGCCUCCAGCUCGUCAUCGGAACAUCACGCCUGGCCUUUUGGGGACACGGUAACGCCCUUCUUCAACGCGGUGCUGCAGUAUAUCUACCUGGCGUUCGUCAUCCUGCAGUUUAUCUUGGCGUUGGGCAACCGGCCCAAGGGGUCCAAGUACACGUACAUCUUCUCGUUCAUCGUAUUUGCGAUCAUCCAGACAUAUGUCAUCAUCCUCUCAGCGUACCUGGUGGCGCGGGCCUUCGACACGCCUCUAGCCGAUCAGAUCAAUUUCGACUCUGCACAGAACGCGCUCCAAUCGCUGUUUGCCGGCGAGGGCGCGGCAGGCGUCAUCCUGGUGGCUCUGAUUACCAUCUAUGGUCUCUACUUCCUGGCCUCCUUCUUGUACCUGGACCCAUGGCACAUGUUCCAUUCGUUCCCCUAUUACAUGCUGCUCAUGUCGACGUACAUCAACAUUCUGAUGGUGUACGCCUUCAACAACUGGCACGACGUGUCUUGGGGUACCAAGGGCUCGGACAAGAAUGACGCACUGCCAUCGGCUGAAGUCCAGAAGGGCGAGAAGGGCGAGGUUGUUGUUGAGGAAAUUGAGAAGCCCCAGGAAGACAUCGAUCAGAUGUUUGAGCAGACGGUUAGGAGAGCUCUGGCGCCGUUCAAGGAGGAGGACAAGCCGGAGCCCAAGGAUCUCGAGGACUCGUACAAGUCUUUCAGAACCAUGCUGGUUGUGUCAUGGCUGUUUUCCAACUGUUUGCUGGCAGUUGUUAUCACCAGUGACAACUUCAACUCUUUCGGCAUCGGGAAAACCGCGACCGCGCGGACUGCCUGGUUCUUCCGAUUCCUGCUCUAUGCCACCGCCGCCCUCUCGAUCGUCCGCUUCAUCGGCUUCCUCUGGUUCCUUGGCAGGACCGGCAUCAUGUGCUGCUUUGCCCGGCGUUAAAGUGAGGCGUCCAGCGGCGGGUGCUGGAGCCAGUGUGAAUUGUCAGAUACCCUGUAUAUCGAGUACCGGGCCCUAUUUCUCCCUCUAUCUGGGCAAACUGGGGACGAGGUUGAUUUUGAUUUUCUCGCCUUCCAAGCGGAAGAGCGAGCGAGCAAGACAGAUCUCACAUCAUACAGGUGUCCUUCCAGAGUUGCGGAUGGUCGUUUUCACUGUUGGGAUACUUGUGAGGAUAAAAUAACGGGGCAUUUACCGGAGGCGUUCUCUUCGUUGAUUUCGUUUACUUAAUGGGAUAUCCGGUUUACAUG